AUGAACCACAAGAUCAGAGAGGAAACCGCUUUCAACCACACAAGAGAAACGAGCAGCCUAUAUAAGGGCCAUUCGGGCGACAAGGCUCGUUUUAUUUCCGACAAAAACGGCAUCGUCAUCCGCUCGGACCGCGGCGACUUCAACGAUGGCUCGCUUUGCUUGGAGCUGGAAACCAAUCAGUACGUUGUGAACCUGACGGUGGAAAACACCGGGAGUCAAAGUGUGCUUUUGACUUACUACACGGCAUUGCACAAGCUCAGCUGCUUCACUUUGCGGGACGAGCACAAGGUGACCCGGAAAAACCCUCUUGCGCUCCAGCCAGGUGACAGCUACGUGGUCCAGAUCCGCUACCAUUUUGAGGACGUGGGCAACUAUCCAAUCACGUUGGCCUUUGAAUUUAGGCUGGGUUCCCUCCUCGCCCCCGCUGCUGCCUCCUUCUACAUCAUGCGCUAUAUUCAGGUUCAUUAUUUGAGCGCGCUGGGCAUGGAGCUGAAGCCCACGGCUCCCUUCAGGCGUUCCCGGCCCGGUCCCGCCCCCCUACCUGCGCUCUACGGCUGCCAAGUGGUGGAUGGGCUGCCUCCUGAUGGGACGUCACAGACAGAGCUGAUCAGCGAAAGGCAGCUUCAUGCUUAUCCAUUGCCAAAAGAUUUCACCCCGCAAAUCUUGAAGCCUUCUGCCCAUAAAAAGACUUUGAACUUCAAGAACUACUCUCAGAGGUUCCACCAGUUCUUGUUCAUGGAGGAGUAUUGGAUGCAAGAGGACAUCAGGCGAUACUUCAUACCCAACAGCGAGCGAGAAUUUGCCUGCAUGAAAAGAGACCCCAGCAACAACAAGCUGCUCAUUCUGGAGGUCCCGGGUCUGGCUGAGAACCGGCCGUCUGUGCUCCGUGGAGAUCAGCUGCUGGUUUACCCUCAGGGAAAAAGCGGGCCCAAGUACCGCGGCUACGUCCACAAAGUAGAACGGGACUUUCUCAAACUGGGCUUCAGUCCUAAGUUGUUGGCUAUUUUUGUGGAUGGCAUGAAGUUCAACGUGGAGUUCACCUUCAAUCGGCUGAUUCUGCGCCUGCAGCACAGAGCGGUGGAAUUGGCGGUCAAGCUGAACCUGAACCAGGUGUUGUUCCCGCCGGCCGAGCUCUCCUCCCAAAAGCUUGCCGGCGACGUCCCCGAACUCAGUUUCUACAACAGACAACUGGAGCAGAACGACGAGCAGCGGCGAGCCGUGCGUAACAUCGUGGCCGGCACCUCCAGACCCGCUCCCUACUUGGUUUUCGGCCCACCCGGCACAGGCAAAACGGUGACUUUGGUGGAGGCCAUCAAGCAGCUGUACAAGGUCCAGAAAGAGUGCCACAUUCUGGCCUGCGCUUCCUCCAACAGUGCUGCCGAUCUCCUCUGCACCAGGAUUCUCCAGGGCCACGGCAACAAGAGCACGGUGUACCGCAUGUAUGCAAGCAGCCGGGACCCGCAGUCUGUUCCCGAGGAGCUCAAGGCAUGCUCCAACCUGGUUGGAGACUCCUACGUUUUCCCCUCCAAGGAGAAACUGAUGCAGUAUCGAAUCAUGGUCAGCACUCUGAUCACAGCUGGAAGGCUGGUCACGGGAAACCUCCCCUUGGGUCAUUUUACACACAUUUUUGUGGAUGAGGCCGGCCACGCCACCGAGAGCGAAUGCUUAAUCCCGCUGGCCGGGCUUCUGGACCCCGAGUCCGGCCAGCUGGUUCUGGCCGGGGACCACAAGCAGCUGGGGCCCAUUGUGGCGUCCCCCGCCGCUUUUCGACACGGCAUGGACGUUUCCCUCUUGGAGCGCCUGAUGACCAACGCGUCAAUUUACCAGAAGGACGGCAACUUCAACGACCUGUUUGUCACCAAACUGCUGCGCAAUUACAGGUCCCAUCCCGCCAUCCUGAAGGUUCCCAAUGAGCUCUUCUAUGACGGAGAGCUGCAGCCCUGCGCUGACCAGAUGAAGCGCAACUCCUUCUGCAAAUGGGAGUACCUGGAAAAACAGGACUUUCCGCUGAUUUUCCACGGAGUGACGGGCCUGGACGAGCGCGAGGCCAACAGCCCGUCGUUCUUCAACCGAGCCGAGGUGGAGGUUCUCGUGGACUACGUGAAGAAGCUGCUGCAAAGCGCUGGCAAAAAAGGCCUGGCGACCAUCUCGCCCAAAGACAUUGGCAUCAUCGCCCCCUACAGGAAACAAGUGCAAAAGAUCCAUUGGGCCCUCAAGCGACUGGAGAAAGAAUUCCGGGGGCACGACAUGAGCGCCCUGAAGGUGGGCUCAGUGGAGGAGUUCCAAGGUCAGGAGAGGCGAGUGAUCCUGGUGUGCACGGUCCGCAGCAGCCCCGCCCACAUGGACUUUGACAAACGCUUCAACCUGGGCUUUGUUGCCAGCGAGAAGAGAUUCAAUGUGGCGAUGACUCGGGCCCAAGCCUUGUUGAUUGUGGUGGGGAACCCGCUGGUGCUCAGCACCGACGCCGUGUGGAAGCGUCUCAUCAAAUACUGUCAAGACGAAAAGGCCGACCGCGGGUACAAGUCCGUGGAGGAGGACCAAGCUGUGGCCGAAAGACAUUCGUCUCUCUUCCGCCAAAUGCAUCCCGACCCGGAGGACGACGUGGAGGAAGGCCACCGUCGACCGGAGGAGUGAUCCGUGCGCCGCGCUACGAUGUUUCCAUGUCUACGCCGAGGACCAAACAAGAAGAAAUGAAAACGACGCAAAUGAGAUCAGACCGUCUGCGUGGCAUUUUCCAAAAAAGCCUUCUUCCCGACCACACGAGCCACGUCAAGUUGGAAGAAUCAGCACAAUCUGUGACUUUUUUAAUCAUGAUUGUUGCAGGCGCCUUUUAAAGUCUUAAUGAAUGUUCCCCAAAACUUUCUCAUAUCAAAUAAAGUUGUAAUUUACCCAU